UACAUACUGCAAUUCACACUGUAUUAGCUCCUUCCACUUUGCCAAAUAUAGAAACAAAAAAAAGAAUUCUCCCAUAAACCUUUUACUCAAUUUCUCCUUCAAAUUGAAUUUCCAAAUUAAGUAUAUUUAGCAAAACUGCAAACUUGAUCCUUAUUAUUUCCUUUGAAUUGUAUGUAAAAGAAAAGAGAGAAAAAAAAAGCAGCUCAAAAUUGUAUUUCUAUUAUUCAGAUGGAGAUACGAGCAGUGCCACUCUUGUUAUUAAUGUGUUAUGCUCUUUGUUUAGCUUUGAUUGAUAGAUCGGAAUCUCUUCACUCCAACGGAAUUUCCCCUCAAGAUGAGAAUUACUACAAGGGUUUGUCUUCGGGUGCUAUAAAAUGUAAAGAUGGAUCAAAGAAAUUCACCAAGGAUCAGCUCAAUGAUGAUUUUUGUGACUGCCCAGAUGGUUCCGAUGAGCCAGGGACCUCAGCAUGCCCCAACGGAAAAUUUUAUUGCAAAAAUGCAGGACAUAUUCCUCUUUCAAUAUACUCGUCGAGGGUUAAUGAUGGCAUUUGUGAUUGCUGUGAUGGAAGUGACGAGUAUGAUGGCCAAACCAAGUGCCCAAAUACGUGCUGGGAGGCUGGCAAAGUAGCUAGAGAAAAACUGAAUAAAAAGAUUGCUACAUAUCAGGAAGGUGUGACUCUUAGAAAGAAGGAGGUUGAAGAAGCUAAGUUGGCAAUUGCGAAAGAGGAAACUGAACUAUCCAAGUUGAAAAACGAGAAGAAGAUACUUAAAGAGUUGGUUGAGCAGCUUAAGGAGCGCAAGGAACAAAUAGAGAAGGCUGAGGAGGAAGAACGGGUAAAGAGAGAAAAAGAAAAGAAGGAUCAAAAGGAAUCUGAAGAUGCUAAAGUAGAGACAACUAAAUCUGAGGAAAAAGCUGAAGUUCAAGAAGAUGCUGUGAAGAACGACGUCCACGAUAAGAUUGGCCUCCUCAACGGCUCUCCAUCUGAUGUGGUAGAACGCCCUGACGAAGAUAUGGACAAAAUCGAGCAUGAUGACCAGUCCCACAAGGAUGAAGUUGAGCAGGUUCCUGAGGAUUCUCAGGAGCUAGAUCCUACUGAAAAUACCGAAUCAUUGUCAAAAGAAGAGUUAGGUCGUGUUAUUGGUUCUCGUUGGCUGGGAAAAAAAAGUGAGCGGGCAAAUGAGGAGGUUGAUGCUGGAACUAAGAGCAACUAUGACAGCAGCGAUGAAGGACCGACUGAUAGUCAUGAAGAGGAAUACCAUGGAUAUGAUUCAGAGGAUGAUGAGCACAAGUAUGAAGAUGACGAAACUGAGGACCCAGUUGAAGAUCUCGGGGGAGAGGACCACGAUUCAAGUUCUUCAUACAAGGCUGAAUCUGAUGAUGAUUCCGAUUUCUCAGAUGUUACGGCCACAAGUAAUCCUUCAUGGAUGGAGAAGAUACAGCGAACAAUGAAGAGCAUUAUCCGCUCUGUGAAUUUGUUCCAAACUCCAGUGAACAUUUCUGAUGCUGCCCAUAUACGCAAGGAAUAUGAUGAGUUAAGUGCAAAGUUGUCAAAGGUCCUAUCAAGGAUAUCUAGUUUGGAGAAAAAGCUCAAACAGGAUUUUGGACCGGAGAAGGAGUUCCAUUCAUUCUAUAGUCAAUGCUUCGAGAGCAAGGAGAAUAAGUACACAUACAAGAUUUGUCCUUUCAAAGAAGCAACCCAGGUCGAGGGCUACAGUACAACUCGUUUGGGGAAUUGGGAUAAAUUUGAGGAUUCUUAUAGAACCUUGCAAUUCUCAAACGGGGACAAGUGCUGGAAUGGGCCAGAUCGAAGUUUAAAGGUAAAAUUAAGAUGUGGCCUGAAAAAUGAGUUGACUGAUGUAGAUGAGCCCAGCCGCUGCGAAUAUAUGGCAUUUUUGUCUACCCCAGCUCUUUGUCUCGAAGAAAAGCUGAAGGAGCUCCAAGAUAAACUAGAGAUGAUGAACAAGGAACAACCUCAGAGUCAUGAUGAACUGUGAUCUUCUGGACGAACUACGCGAGAGUGCUGCAAAGGCCUCAAGGGAUACAAGGCAACCAAGGUUAGAGUUGGGCUGUCUCAAAGAAAGAGUUUUUAGUUAAUUUGCAGCAGUAUCCCCUAAACAUUUUUUUCUCUGGACGUCGCUCACAUGGUUAUCAAUGUUUCCAAAACAUGAACUAGGCUUCCAUCAAGGAAUUAGAAAAGGGAUGGCUUGAAAGCUUUUAUUUAGGAUACCAUUAUCCCUUUUAAUGACACAUAUCAUUGAAUUAGUUCAGAUUAGUUAUAUUAAUCUUAUUCUGCGGUUGUUUAGCAAAAGUAGUGAAGGAGUCUAGCCCUGGCUGUCUGAAUGGGGCUAGAGAUUCAAGGGAUGACAAUGGAAACAUACAGAUUUUGCAAUGAGAAAUAUUUUAUCUUAGUUG